GCUUCACAAUCAACAAAGGAAAUUUCUUGGCAGCUGGAAUAUGUGCCUGGAGACUCGCGAACUUCCUCUUCUCAGGAUUUAAGAAUUCUUCCAUCAAUUUUCCACCCAAAUUCAAGGAUAGAAUUACACCCCUCCCACUCGGGGGCGGAGCUACGCGGGCCGCUCCACCAAUAGGAACGUUUCACAGGUCAGUUUUUCUCAAAGGUGGUCACGACUGUCUCCAUAGCAACGUAGGGAUCGUUCCACAGGUCGUUCACUUUUACAGUUCGGUCCUUCUGUAACGCGAGUGGAGUGAACGAUAGCCAGUCCUAUUUAGUUGGCCAAAUUUGAAGUGGGAGUGUGCCGAGCACACUUGAGCUGACCAAAACAGCUGGAGGAAGAGAGAGAGAGACAGUGAGGGAGGGCAGAUUUGGGACGCUCAAAACUGAAAGCAAAGCAGAAACUAGAGCAAGAUGGGAUUUGACUGGCCGCUUGUGUUUUUGCUGACUCUUUGUAACCGAAUAUGAUUUUAUAACUCUUAAAAUGACUUUGUAAGUUCGCAUGUGGCUGCUGUGGAAUAUAGACAGCAGAAGGACGAAGGGAGCCACCACAAUGCUCCACUGACUCUCUGUUUCAACCAUGGAGGACGCAGUGACCUCUGAGGAUGCUGAACCCCUGCCUGCCACCUCCCAAAACACUGACAUCCACCUCGGUGAGCCAGAGGAUGAGUGUCCUUCCAGCGCCAGCCUGGAGCCCAGCUCCCCGUCCUCGCCUUUCAAUCAGCAAGCUCAAGGCUCUGCCGUAUCGGCGCUGCAGUCCAAGGUCAAGGCUCUCUCUGAACGCAGAGUUGUCUGGAAAGAACCUGGAAGUAAGAACCAGGACAAACUAGUGGUUCCCGGGACCUUCAUACUGGGAUACGCCCUCACGGACGCUUGGGGCUCCAGCAGCAGCGAUGAAGACGGGGAACCUCGCAAGCCCCUGAUGUUCCUUGCAGGAGACCACAAGCCCCAGGUUGAACUCGACUACGAUCCCGUCUCUUCCGAAGCCUUGCUGGCAGUUCCACGCGGCCUUGGAGAAGGAGCAAGCCUGGAGAACCUCUCGAACGAUGCUUGCGGUUCUCAAGAUGAUGCUUCUCCAUCUAAUAAACCAUGGAUGCCACCGAAGUGUUUCUGGAGGUCCAUCAGACCAGAGAUGCCGGUUCUAAAUGGGAACGUUCCUGUGGGGAAAGAUGGACCAAAUGGAGGAACCUUUGGCCACAAAAUGGGCCACAAGUUUCCAAGGGAACUGCAAAGGUCUGAUAGCCUGGAGAGUCACCUACGCAGGUACAAUCACGGUGAGGUGGGACAAUGUGGACUCUGGCGGGCUGACAGCUUGGAGAGCAUGUGCAGCAGUGGAAGCUCGCUGUCCCUGGCCGAGAGGGUCGAGAUGAACCGCGGCCUCCUCAAACAGAUGCUGCAGAAAACCCAGAACAAAGACCAUGUACCAGGACAGAGGAUAGAGGACCCGACGCACAUUAGCGGUAGAGGUAUCUGUGGCCUGAAUGACAGUGAUUGGGAUUCUGGGAUUUCGCUCCAAGGUAGUGAACACAGCCAAAGGGCCUUUGUGUUGGGCGACGACCUUCCGCUGAGCCCUCGCCACGAGCAGGCCAAACGACUGCUGGAAAGAGCGCGUAUGAAGGCCCGGUCCAACCCUCUCAAAGCCGACCACACUAUCCUACCCGUCCAGAGGGACAACCUGGAGCUGUUGUCCUGGGUUGGUUUACACCAGGCUCCUCUUGCGGGGAAGGAAGGCGUGGCGGUGGUCUCUGGAAACCUUAGUGACUCAUCGAGCGGUGACUCGCCGGGUGGAACCCCGCGGAGACACGGCCAGUCCCCUACCCGUGUGCGUUUCGAAGACGAAUCGGAGAAGGACGCUGAGGUACGCUACCUGGAGCGGCUACGCCAGCGGCGCAGGGCUGGAGAAAGAGCGCAGGGGCUGCUGGUGUCCAAACCCACCUUGUCGUCUUACACCAAUGGACAGGCAGAGACAGGACAUGGCUCGAGUGAUUCAAUAUUCUGGAAGACAAACGCCAAGAAGAGUUUGUUGAAUGGCAAAGGCCCUGAGACGGCAAACAGGCAGUGCAACUCUUGUGGAACCUUUCUAAAUGAACCCCAUGGGCGUAGCUUGAACUCAAUUACUCUGUCCUUACCUAAUGGGGAAGUCGAAGGGAAGAAGAUACCAUGUUGGGUUGCUCCCACCCUUCCCAACCGGCUUGUUCGGAUCGAACAGAUUAAGGAGACAUACAUUGGGACGAGUCCCGCUAUUGUCCACAGCGAUGGAACACACUGCAGUCCUGCGGAUAACGUGAGCAGUAGGGGAACAUUCCAGAAGCUAAAGAAGAAGGUCCGGAAACAAGAGAGCAGACAGGAACCCUUGUACGUCAAUGGCCUCAGGAUUCCAACACCUCCAGACUGUAAAAAUGGAACUCAAAUGUGUCUCUCGAAUGGACUAGCAUUGCCACUCAACCCCUAUGCCACGGAUCCACUUGGACAGAGAAUCCCAGCCACAUGCAGCCCCACAUCCAGCAAGGGACCUGUGGCACCUCCAUUGCCCCCCAAAGGAGAAUUAUCCAGCUCCCACCUUCCUCAGCCAACCCCUCCGCCUCUCAAACCGAAAAAAUCAGCCCUGAAAUCCAGCUCAAAGAACCACUGUAAUGGUCAUCGGAACGUCACACUCAUGUCUUCGCCAGAAUACCACCUGGACUCCACGGAGGCAGGGGGCGCUGUGGAGAGCUGUUCUCAGGAACAGGCUUCCUCUGGAUUGGGUUAUUGGGAGGACAGAUCUGCGAUGGUCAUCCCUGGUCCCAUACUCAUGACGCACCCAGUUCUGUGUGCUCGAAACUCACCCAUACAAGGGGAAGAAAGGCUAACAGAUGUGGACCAGCACCAGAGUACAGGACAGCUGGGAUCUGAUGCAACAUCCAGCAGUGCUGAAUCAACCCAGACUCGUCUCAGUGACGGACACGUCAGAGGGCCAAUCAGACCAGUGCAUCACAGGGCAACUAGCCCAAACUUUUCACAAGCAGGGAUGGAUGCAGAGCAGCGAGAGGGUCGACCCAAACUCUCCUUGCGGCGGUUCUUCUCUGCCAUGGGGCUGAACAGCGUGGGGUUGCUGAGAAAAGGACGAUCCAGCAGCAUGGAUCAGCUCAGCUUGCACCCCAAACCCAACUCAAACCCAAACCAAAACGCUCAGCCAACCUCACCCUCCACCUCCCCCAGCCCCACACACAGACACCACCACCAGCUGAAGAAAGCCCCCUCACUGCAGACUAUACGCCUGGGGUCUCCGUUUCUCCAGCUGAGGAGAUCUUCAUCGGCUCAAAACCUCCAAAUCCCCAGAAAGAAAACAGACCGUUCCUCUGCAUACACUCCAGGAGAACAGCCCUGUAGUCCUGUAUUAACCAGGGGUCUUCAGCGUGCCUUGAGUGUAGAGGAUGUGGGGCAGCCCAGUGCGGUGCGUCCGGUGGGACGCGUGGCUCAGGCCUUCCCUGAUGGCACCAUCCUGCUGGAGCUCUCCAGACCCCCCAACGGCCCCUUCGGCUUUCUCAUCUCCCGAGGAAAAGGCAGGCCAGACUCAGGGGUGUACGUUGAAGAAAUGGGUGACAGCAAUAUGGAGAAACUCUACGCGGGGCUGCUCGGGGUCGGGGACGAGAUAUUAGAGGUGAACGGUGAGAAGGUGGCGGGACUCAGUCUGGACCUGGUGACCCGUUUAAUGACUCAAAACAGCACAGCUUCAAUCCGCGUACUACGACAUAGACGCUUACAGCGCUAACUGAAGUCAAGAGUGUACCAGAACCACGUUUUGUUCCAGUAAAUGAAAACUGCAAAAAAGCAUCAGAAAUUAAGUCAGGGAUGAGUUCGUGAAAACGGCAGUAUUACGUUUUACUGACCUUUGGAGUUUUAUCACAAUGAUCACACAACGGUCCAUAUUAAAGGGAUAGUCACCCAAAUUUUUUUUUUUUAUACAUUUUGUUCCAAUCCAGUUUCAUUUUUUUGGGUGAAUUCAUCCCUGAAGCCACUGUUAUGGCUAAAGGCCUGUUCACACCAAAAACAAUAACUAUAACAAUAAUGACAAAAGAUAUAGUUUUAAAAAUCAUUCUAAAGUCAUAAAAAUAACACAGUCCACAACUAUAAUGAUAACAACACAGAGGAACAAUAUCGUUGGAGUCACUUUCCAGCUGAUGAACGACAAAAAACAUUGGCAGCCAAUCAGAAUUCAUCCUGCUUUAAACAGUUCGAGCAUUUAAAGAGGCAGAUGACAAAACUGCAGUGCUCGUUUUAAACAGAUUGUUAUUGCAUGUUGCUGUGGAUGCUAAUAUAGUUCUGUCAUGACAACUCUCUGAGAGUUUAGCAUGGGAAUAUACAUGGCAAUGAUAAUGUGUUUAGUCUUGGCGGAAUAGAUCUGCUAUGCUACUGCUGCGGCAGAGCGAGUACAGAGACUUGCUACUGCCAA